CGGAAGCGUCCUUGUUGUGGCGGAAGGAGAGGCUCUCUGGAAGCAGCCGGUGGUGAAAGGAGCGUGGCGGGCAAAGAUGAUUCAGGCGAUUCUGGUUUUCAAUAACCACGGGAAGCCGCGGCUGGUCCGCUUCUACCAGCGUUUCCCAGAAGAAAUUCAGCAGCAGAUUGUUCGAGAGACCUUUCAUCUAGUUCUCAAGCGGGAUGACAACAUCUGUAACUUCUUGGAGGGUGGAAGUUUGAUUGGUGGCUCUGACUACAAACUGAUUUAUCGGCAUUAUGCUACCCUCUACUUUGUAUUUUGUGUGGAUUCCUCAGAGAGUGAACUUGGGAUCUUGGACCUCAUCCAGGUUUUCGUGGAGACUCUGGACAAGUGUUUCGAGAAUGUUUGUGAAUUGGAUUUGAUCUUCCAUAUGGAUAAGGUACACUACAUCCUUCAGGAGGUGGUGAUGGGUGGGAUGGUCCUGGAAACAAACAUGAAUGAGAUUGUGGCUCAGAUUGAAGCCCAGAACAGGCUGGAGAAGUCCGAGGGUGGCCUUUCAGCUGCACCUGCCCGGGCAGUGUCCGCUGUGAAGAACAUCAACCUGCCAGAGAUGCCCCGGAACAUCAACAUUGGCGAUCUCAACAUCAAGGUCCCCAACCUGUCCCAGUUUGUCUGAGAGUGGAGGACAGCUGAACUGAGUCCUUGGAGCCAGCAGAGCCGAGCCAGCCCUGCAGCACAACCCGCUCUACACCCUCAAGGAGUCCAGCCUUGGGCCCUGGCCCCCACUGUCCUGGAGCAGGAAAGAGCCCUGUGUCCACUGCCAGCCUUCUCACACGUGCGGCCUUGCCCAUCUCUCGGACAGACGGCAACUGUGGGUGUGAGGGGCCCUGGCUACCUCAGUGGGGGUCAGGUGCCCAAGUCAUACGCCCCCUUUCCCUCCCGUGUGCAGCCACUCCCAGGGCUUGGGGACUGUAGUGAGAGCCCUCUCCCCACCUCGAUCCCAGAACCCCAUCCUGAGGAUGUGUGCUGACUCGAGGCUUCAACCUUGAGUUGAAGGCUCCCUGAGAUCCUGCAGCGUUGACUGUGAUGGCGAGGUGCCGUAGCUGGGAACAGAUUGACCCUCUAGAUCUGGAAACAUGGUGCAUGGCAAACAAGGACAGGAGUUUAAGGUGAUCCAAAGUGGCCUGCUGGCUCUCCUAGGGUUGGCACACCCAGAAUCCUUUGGCACAGCCCAGCCUUCUCACCCCCACCUACGUUCCCCACAGCCACAGUCCCAGCUCUGCUCGCCCAGCUGUGUGUGUGUAUAGGACACAGUCCACUUUGUAAGCCUGUUGCUUGCCUGCCUGCACAUUUCUGCCCACAGGGAGGGUACUCCCACAGCCAGAGUGGUUCCCAUCAAAGGGGUGGCGCCCCAUGUCUGUAGAAGGCAAAGCUGACAUGUGGAACAUCUCAGAAUUGUGACUGUGCUAGGUUUAAAACACAUUCUUCUCCCGAGGAGUAGAUGGGUCAGUUGCUGUGUUCUGAAUGAUGGGUGUUCUCUGGGUGGAAAGCCACUGCAGUCUGCACCAGCUUGUGGAGCGUGAGAGCCUGAACCAGGGCCCCCGUUCUGGACCUGGGACACAGGCAGCGUGCUGGCUGAGACCUGGGGCAGCGCAGCAUCUUUUCCCCACAUUCAGAGGGUCCCUCCCUGAGCUCGUUCUGGGCUUGCCCUGCGCCCUAAGGUGACAGUUCACUAGAGCUCGCUGUGGAAACCCAUAAAUAUUUCCCAUGUCGUGAGGGUCUUUGUGCCUGUGGUUGGUCAUCUUAGAGAUGGAGCUGCUCCUCGGAGCAGUGCCUCUUACCCCUGCACUGCCUUGGGGCCAGGUGCCUUGAUGAGCUGCCUUGAGGUUAGGGAGCUCUCUGUGCCAUGCUACUAAGUCUCCCAGCCUGGGGACUUGUUGUGCUUGCCAGCUGGUGGCCCAGACUGUUUGCUCAGGCCUCCUGAUGUUGUCGCAGAGCCUGUCUGAUGUGCCCAACAAGACCAUGUGUUGAGUCACGUCUUCUCCCGCUUUGAACAGUGCUUCCUGCGGUGGGUGUCCUUUAUUCCCUGUAGCCUCUUGACUCAGUCUUUCGGAACCUCUCCAAUAACCUCAGAGAUGGGCCGUGUUGCUCAGAAGAUAGACACUUAUGUGGGAAGAGGGAAAUGUAGGUAAAUAUAUCUAUCCAAUGUCAAAGCCUCUGA